UGUGUGCUGCUGAUAGAGCAGUGAGGGUUGGAUCUACUUGACCCAACCCAAACCAACCACACCCUUCCCGGCACAGGAAUCCAGGCGGGGAGCAAGGAUGAGUGGGGAAGGCAGCACCAUCCAGCACCACCAGCACUGCUGAGAAAGAGACGGGCAGCGGAACACGGAUGUUCCUCUAGAGCAGCUCCCCUACCUCCUGCUGGGUGGUAGCAGCACUGUUGCAGACCCACAGAGCACUGCAGGUAUCCACAGGGCUCAGACUCCUUUCCCUGCGGUGCACUGAUGCACGUUGGAACAUCCUCCCUGGGCUCCUCUGGAAACCAUCUCGCUGGAGGCAGGAUCGGGCAGUCCGGAGCACUGGAGACAGUUGUUACCUGCAGGCUUGACAAGGGUUUGGUUCUCUAACAGCAGGACAUCCCUCAUCAAAGGCAAUGGACUACAGAACAUUACAUACGAGCAAAUGGGAUGAGAAUCACGUCCAGUGUUGGCUGGAAUCUAUUGGAAUCAAGAAAGAGUAUGUAGAAAAACUACAUGAGGAAGAAGUGACAGGUCCAGCACUAAUGGAACUGGAUGACUCUUUCCUCAAAGGCAUAGGUAUGAAGGCAGGCCAAAUCCACAUGCUAAUCCGCAAGAGGAAUGAACUUCUGCAGCUCCAGGAAAAAGCACAGCAAGGCAAGAGCUCCAGCAGCAAAGCAGCCGACAAAACCAAAGCACAGACAGAGCCGGUAAGCUCCACAGAUGCCUCUCCUCAGGAUAAACCCAGCAGAGACCACAGAGCUGCUGCUUCCAGCAAGAAGCAAAGAAGGAGCUUCCAACUUAAACAUGGUGAUGAUGAAUUUUUAGAACUCAGCAACUGUCGACCAUUUAAAAGUCGAGAUAUGAAUUUUAAAUAUGUGAAAGACAGAGUUCUUGCUCCGGAAUCAGGAGUCUGUGAUCUGAUCACUCCUUGCCAUGAAUACAAAUCUUUUGCCAUCGCUGCAGAACUGAACAAAAAUCAACUGAAAUCAAAGUUUGCCUGUGAAGUGAUACGAUUUGCUUCAGCCUGCAUGAACAUUCGCACAAAUGGCACCAUCCAUUUUGGCAUCAUGGACAGUGUUGAGGACAAGGGCUACAAACAUGGGCAGAUUGUUGGUGUGAAGGUCACAGAGCAGGAAUGCUACGUUGAUGCAUUAGAUCAUAUAGAAAAGUGUUUUCAAGAAAAUGAACGAGAAAUUGCAAGGAAAUGUAUUCACGCUCCUGUUUUUGUUGAAGUGAUUUCAAAGGACUCUAAGGACCAAAGGUUUGUGGUGGAGGUUGACAUUGAACCCACAUCCACUUUAGUAAAGAACAGCUUUUUUGAAGUAUAUUUGCCAAAAUACAAUGAAGAGAGCCAGAAGGUGAUUCUGACAAAAGAGAAAGCUAUCUAUCAGAGACUGGGAGCCAAGUCUGAACCAGUGAAACCCAACAAUCUUGCUACUUUUAUUCGGGGUAUACAAGAUAGGGAUGUGCAAAGAGAAAGAGCUGAGCUCUCCAGCACAGAAGUACAUGUAGAAGUAUCUCAAAACUUAGGAAGGAAGUUAGCCAUUCUACUUAAUGAUGGCAAAAGCUACAUGGAUGAUUCCCUGUGGUACAUCCUUGUCACAAACAGAUGUGAAAAGGAUAAUCUGACCUAUAUCAACUUCUUAAUGCACUUGAACAUCUUCUGUGUCUUUGACUUCGAUGAACAUUCCAACGUGUCAGGGCUGUACAGCAAGUACAAAAAACACCACGCAACAAGGGCUUAUUUUUUACAGGAUUUCUCCAAUGAAAGCAAGACUGGAAACCCUGCCUCUCAGAAACAUCUGUGCCUGUUUGACCAGACCAGCUGGGUGUUCUGCAACGGGCGCAGCGACUUCCUUGGGGAGGAAAAACCUUGUGAUGAAAAUACGUGGAUUAGAACAAGGAAAAAAUACCUGAAGAAAGCAAUUACUCGUAUCUGUGACGAGAUCCUGCCCAAGCGGUCUUUCAUUGUGCUCUUCCUGUUGCUAUCACCAGUGCAGAAAACACUUGUGGAUACUUUCCAGGAAUUCUACACAGAGAUGAAUGGUACAGAGUACAUUGUUUGCAUUGCAGAGUCCAAAGAAAAUUAUGAGAAGUGGGCUAAUCUAGCUCAGGCAACCUGCAGCAUUGAGACACUGGAACAAUGCAGCGUUGUGGGCAUGAAGCUAAGUCACGUAGAUGCCACCAUCCAAGCAAUGCUGCCUUCAACAGCACAACCCAGACACCUGCCAGUUUCUACUAGAGGGCUAUGCACCCUUCCCUUGCUGGAAGAAGAGAAACUCUUUUCCCUAGAAAUCCUUUGUGUUGACCAAUGUGAUGAUAUCAAAUUAGAUCAUUUGACUGAAAAAGAAAUACAAGAAAUAGAACAAAAUUUUUACAAAGGAAGAAAAAUCAUCUGGGAAAACUUGUGGCUCGCUGACAAAAGGCGAUGUGGGGAGAUCAUUGAACGUGAAGCAUGCAAAGAUGCCUGCAAACUGCUGGAUGACAUUUUACAAGGAAGCAGACACGACUGUUCUGUGCCUAAACUGAAGGUGUUUCACCACCCUGGAAGUGGUGGGAGCACAAUCGCACGGCAAGUUCUGUGGAAAAGAAGAAAGGACUUAAGAUGUGCUGUUAUCAAAACCUCAUAUUCACCUGCAACUGUCUGCGAGCAUGCACUUGUAUUAAGAGACUAUGAAGAAAAAGAGAUCAGUCAUUGUCUUCCUGUGCUUCUCCUGAUUGAAGAUUAUGAAGAAGACUAUCUAGAAGAACUAAGGAAUGAGUUAAUGGAUGCUGUAACAACAACAAGGCAAGUAAUUUCCCCCAGACCUAACUUCAUCCUCAUGUGCUGCAGACGAUCCAAUGAUCCCGAAAGGCUUUGCAAGGCUUCUCCACUGGACACAGUUGCUGUCACUCACAAGCUGACAGACUCAGAGAAAAGUCUGUUCAGAACCAAACUUGAAAAACUGAAGCAGAAAGAUGUCAAGCCCGAAUUCAUACUUACAUUCGUCCUGAUGUGCGAGGAGUUCAAUGAAACAUACGUGAGAGACUUCGUAGGGCACAUACUACAAGACAUAGACCGUUCUUCUCGUGAUACGUGCCUGAUGCGCUAUGUGGCUUUGCUUAAUUUUUAUGUACCUAAUUCAUAUAUUUCACUGUCACACUGUGAGGCUUUUCUGGGACUUGGGGCAUAUACGGAGAGUAAAUUAAGAGCAUAUGAUUUUAAAAGUCACUUGAGUGAACAAGUAAGAAUGAUUUUUAUCGAGCUAAGGGAAAGCACCACCUAUAUUUCAUCUGUUCGGAUAAUACACUGUCUGGUUGCAAAAGAAAUUCUGCAUCAGCUUUCAGGGAAUGAACCUCAAAGUCAACUUGCAAUGACUCUUCUUCAGGAAAAGCCACUCUUUGAAAACAGAUUUGGAAGAGAGGAAUUCAUAAAGUUCAUCAGAGAUCUGUUUAUUCGACGUGAUAAAAGAAGCAGGGGUGACGCUACUGACACUCUGUUCUCCCCGUUCAUUGAACAUGUCUGUAAAGCUGAAGACUGUGAAAAAGCUAUAGCUAUUUUAAAAGCUGCCUAUGAGGUCUUUCGAGAAGAUCCCUUUUUUGCUCAGCAGCUUGCCAGACUACAUUACAACAAUGAAAAGUUUGAAGAUGCAGAACACUGGGCAGGGGUUGCAAAAUCUCGCAUGCCAAAUGAUUCUUAUAUUUUAGAUACAGAAGGUCAAGUCUACAGGAAAUGGUUUAGUUUCACUGUGGACAAAAUGAAACAGGAGGACACUGCCCAGAGCAUCAUUCAAAAGAUAGAAAUUGCACUUAAAGCUAUGAAAUGCUUCAGGGCUGCACAACAGGCUGCAAAAGCAGAACAUGACAGUAUGAACAACGCUGGCUAUUUUGGAGAAGUAGAAGUCGGAUGCCGCCUCCUUAAAUUCCUGUCCACACUUGAUGUAUUUCACAGAGAUUCACAGGGGGAAUACUCGGAGCUUGUGAAAUACCUGAUCACAGAUUACAUUCCUAAGGACAUUGAAAAAACGUGGGCAAAGCUUCACUCCCGCUUAAAAGGCUUACGGCAGAACCUGUACAACUCUCUGGAAUGGAUUUCAGAAGACUUAAGUUAUUUCCAAACAGACAAAAACCAAGAGAAGGACGAAGAAGAUGAAAGAGAUGAAAAGGAAGAACAAAUUUAUAACCCCAGAAAAUGGCUAAAAAGACAGGCUGAGGUAUAUGCCAGGUUCUUCAUUUCAACAUCACUUAUGGAGAACAGCAACAAUGCCCUCGAGACCCAGCUGAUGAGACGCAUGAAUAUUUAUAAGAGUGGUGGAGGUAAUGUCACCAAUAUCCUGUCAUUCUUAACAGAUAAGAAAGAGGUCAGGUCAGCUGAAAAGCUAGAAAAUAUCCUUAGCUUCUAUACAGAAAAUCCACUUCGGGACAGGCUGGAGGACAACGAUCUAAUCAAUUACAUCUUGUGCCACAUCACAUUAUCGUGCUUAGCACCAGGAUCAGCUAAACUUCUUCCAGUGCAAACUCUUCGUGUCCUCAGUACAAGAUUCUUCAAGGGAAAAAGAUCCUUUCCAGCAAGUGCCCAUUUUCUGCUCACCUUGUUGUACUGGCCAGAUGAGGCCUUAGACAAAGAUCCUAACCCAGACAAAGAUGAAAUUCUAAACUCAGCCCUUCAAACCCUGAAACGUUUAUACGACAUUAAGAUGAAGGAUGUUCCUACCAGAAAGAAAAGAAUCUACACCCCCUUUUUCCUGGGAAAGGGUUAUGGCUUAGGUAAGAUUGUGCACAAAAAUAAAAUUGAUAAAUUAAUUAGUGGGUCUUUAGAUGAGAAGAGAAUGAAAUGGCUCCAUGGAACUGUAUGGAACAUUGCCAAGAUCCGUGACAUCCUCAAAAGAGUUUCUGGCUGGACCAAGGACCGAAAUCUAUUUAUACGUGGUCAUGUGAAGGAGCUUUCUAUCUUGCCACUCCAUCGUGAUUCAGUGCCCCCUGGAAAUGAAAAUGUGACCUUCUAUUUAGGCUUUUCAUUUAAGGGUCUUGUUGCUUUCAAUAUCAAGGUUGAAAAUAACUCACCCAUCAGCAGAACACUAGGUAUUUAGUAUGUUUGUGGUGCCUACUGCACUGUUGGAAGAUACAGCACUGUCGUCACAUUUAAACCAAGCGGGCUGUACUGGCUGAACACCAGGCAGCAAAGUAAUCACACCUAACUACUACAAUGAUGACCAAAUACCUGAAAACAUCUGAAACCUACUAGUAAAAAUACACCUUGAAACAGAAGACUUUGAUAGUUUUGGAGUCCCCAAAAGCAACAUACUUCACUCAGUAACAUGUACCAUGUAUGAAAUCUGCCAAUCGCCACUAAAGGAACACAAUAAGCAAUUUUUAAGCCAACUUUUUACACAUGACAAUUCUCAAAUUUUGCAUCACUCUUACACUGCUUUUCCAUGUAAAUAUUACAAACCAUACCUGUAUCUGGAGAGAGGUGCAGACACAACCCAGCAACAGAACAAUCACGGCAAAAAAAGAUUAUAUCUAAGCAUUGUUAUGAUUUCACAGACCAAAUGACUCCUGCACUUAAUAUUUAAGUGUCCACAUACUACAGGACCAAAUCUCUCUAACUGCAAACAGAGAUAUGCUUGAAAAUAUUGUCUGGCCUGAUUUAGUAACAUAAAAUACGCAAAGGAGUUUUUUGUGACCGUUGGGUCUGCAACCAUCAUGUCCUUUUAAGCUUCUCAUAACAAAGGUGCCUGUGGAGACAGUGUUCUCACAGGAGAAUGGAUAUUUGGUACAUGAGCUCUGAAUAACUCCGAGGGAUACAGCAAGGCCGUGGGAGGCCUGAGGAAGCUUAAGCAAGCAAGAUAAGGAGAAGCUG